AUGGAUCCGAAUGAUGCGGACCGCCGACGCGACGAGAAUCAGCAGCAGAGAUUCUUGAACAUUGACACCACCGUUGGCAGAAGCAUCUCGCAGCCGAAUAGUCCAUCAAUGAGUUACUCCACAGAUCGCGAAACAGUUAUGCGGAGCUCUAGUGGGCACGCAACUGUUGCCGAAACUCAUCUGAUUCGAUCGAUCGGCUCACAAUCGCAAUCAUAUACCGAAGAGCAUUGGAGUAGCGAAAUUACUAGCUUUGUGGCGUUAGCUCCACCAAAAUUUAUUCAAGUUAUCAAAGCAUAUCGCGUUCUUUCAACCGACACUAUCAGUUUAGUAGUUGAAGUUUCUAGCGACCCGCCAGCAUUGUUCGAAUGGUUUUGCAACGACAAAUCUGUUUUGCAAGACCGACAACGAUUUCAAGUCGGCCAUGGCAUCAAUAUAAGUCGUCUGAAAGUGCAACAACCUGAAGAGGGCGUCUACAAGUGUGUGACGAAAAACCCGGCAGGAAUGAGCACCAGCUAUGGUUAUAUAACAGUCAAUGACCAACACGAAAUGUCAUCGUCGAAAGAGGAUGUGCGACUAUCUAGACAUCAUAGUAUCACGAUAAAUCAAGCGCCAAGAUUCUUGACUCAAGUGCCAAAUCUUUUCGUCAAUGCUGGAAGUCAAGUAGUUAUUGACGUUGAAGUUGACGCCAACCCGCCAGCAAGAUUCUCAUGGUACGUCAACGGAAAAGAGUAUCGAGAUUCAACGCAUAGCGUUGAAAUGUUCUCGCCGGAUGCAAAUCGAAGCGUCGUCAGAUUUUCAUUGCCGGUGGCUGGAGAGUACAAGGUGGUGGCUUCGAAUGUGCACGGAUCGGCAAUGAGUUGCGGACACGUCGACAUUCAGAAGUCCGAAGCCGAAGAACGACGCCUUGAUGAGCGGCAGUUCGAUCAAAUGACAGCAAGUGUUAGCAGCAAUGCAAGACAGAGCCGGCAGGCUGUGAACUUGUUUGAGUUGAACUACACCCAACGAUCGAGCAGUGUUCCACGAGGCGUUCGACAUCUCGAAUCGCAUGUCGAGGUUGCCAAUACCAUCGAGCAGCAGCAGCAACACCAGCGACGAUCUCAAACACGAGCAGGCGCCGCCGAUAUUGUCGAAGCACGCGUCACACGCGAUCUACCGCGACCGCCGCAAGGCUCAACACGUCGAUUCUUGCCGGAGCCGCCGAAAUUUCUGACCGCACUUCCGGCGCUCAUCACGCUCAACGCCGACGAGAAGCUCAUGCUGUCGGUGGACGUGCGCGCCGUGCCGGCCGCUGAAAUAUCGUGGCAAGUCAACGGAUUUGAGGUCAGAAAAAAUAAGAAUACGGUGGUGCUCAAUGAGCAGAACAAAUCCACACUUGUGGUACAUCCACCGGUCAAACAAGGCAAGUACAAGGUGGUGGCGAUCAAUAAUAUUGGAAGCGAUACCUUGACGACAAAAGUGGAGCGCGUCGGAACCGCUGACGACGCUCAAUCGGAGCCGCCGGAUAUUGUCGAAACCGCGGUAACGGUGACGUGCUCGCAUGAAGACGAUGUUGCGUCGCAUUCGUCCCUCCAGACGGUUAGACGACUUCAAGAAAUUGAGGUUUUGGAGCGAGAUGAAGAAACGCUAAUAGAAGACGCUGAGAAGAAUCGAUAUUUCAUCGACGCAACAAGUCCGAAAAUUGCGGAUCACAAUAAAGAAUCAUUGUUCACAAAUGUUCUCGGCAAGCAAAAAACGAGCACAUCGGGAAAGAUGUUGUCACACCCGCCGCGAAUCAUAUCGCAUCCAUCGGAAUCAAUAUUCCGAAUUCCGGAGAAUUCGGCAAUGAAGUUCCGCGUCGCCGCCGCCGCCAUCCCGUCGGCGACGUUUUUGUGGAUGCUGAACAACUUUGAAAUGCGAAAUAAUCACAACGUGAGCAUUCUCGCGAUUGACGAGAACGUGUCGGAAAUCCAAUUCAAUAAUACGCCAAAUGGAAAUUUGUCGGUGAUUGCGAGAAACAAUUUGGGCGAAGACCGAUGGUCGACGAAACUCGUCGUGCAAUAUUCGAGUCCCGAGCGUCGAACAACCACGACCACACAGACGAUUGUUGAGGAAAUUGCUGAAGAGAGUAUUAGCCAGCAGUUCUCAACAUUAGAUGAAUCUGUGAUCUCACAAGUGGUGCCCAAAUCGGGAUCAAUUGGCGAGAGAAUUGUCAUCAUUGUGAGGUUUGAUGAGAAUCGCACAACGCCUUGCCGAUUCUUGUGGACCAUCAAUGAUCGCAACGCAUUGGAUAUUGACGGUGUCGCCGUUGAAUCAGGCGAAUACGAAUCAUCUCUUAUUAUCGAAUCAUUGAACGAAUCGCUUUGCGGUCAGGUCGUCUGCACCGUGCAAAACGAGAUCAAUGAGAUCUUCAGCUCAUCAGCAUAUUUGAAAAUUCGUGACGAUGAGAGCUCGUUCGAGAUCGUUCCACCCGAUUUGCCGGAAGAAUCCGCUCCAAAGAUUGUCGAGCCGCUGCAUUCCGCCACAUUCCUUGAUGGUCAACCAAUGACUCUUCGUUGCCGAAUCACCGCCAACCCAUCAGCAGCAAUUGUGUGGACCAAGGAUGACGAGAAUGUUGAUGAAUGGAUCAUCAAUAAGGAUGUGGUAACAGCGAUUCAUGAUGGUGGUGUUUGUGAACUGAUGAAUCCGGAAGUGUUUGCGGAAGACGCCGGUCUUUACAAGUGUACGGCCACAAAUCCGCACGGAACCGCUGAAACUGCAGCCUUUAUCAAUGUCGAAGGAGCGGAAUAUGUUAAGGAUCGCGAGGAGGCCGAUCCGUCGGAAUCGGUUCUCACUGACGAUCUUCACGUGAUCCUUCCGCCAAAGUUUAUUGAGCAAUUGACAGCCGAAACUGACAAUUAUGAAGAGAUUGGAUAUAUCCGUCUUGUUGCCACUGUACAAUCAUAUAGUCCAAUUACUGUCAACUGGCAAUUCAAUGGAGCCGAUAUCUAUGAAAAUGACAAAUACGAGAUUGUGCAGUUCACCGAUGGCGCACAGAUUUUAACAAUUCGCCAGCCGAAUGCUCAAGAUUCGGGAGUCUACACGUGCACGGCUGAAUCGGAACACGGCGUCGCCAGCAGUAGUUGUGCGGUUGAACUGAAAUCGCCAAGUCCGGAGGUUAUCGACAUCGACGAGGUUACAAAUGUGACGAUCAAUCUAAACGAGAGUGUGAAAGAGACUGGAAUUGAUGACGAUUUGGAGAUUGUCGUCAAGGAAGAGGUUACCGGCACCGCUGACAUUGAAAAGAAAGAAGAAGAGUACAAGUUGCUUAUCAAGGUUGCCGAUGAAGUCGCUAGCACUUUGGUGGCUAAUGUAUUCCUUGACGCCGUUCGAGAAGCCGUCAAGAAGCUGGUUGAGACUGAAGACGAGGAAGGCGAUGACAUUGCUGAUAUCACUGGAGCGCCACAAUUCGAAACAUGCAUGGAUGAAUAUCAUGUCAAAGAGAAUGGAACUGUUAAGAUGAGCACCACGAUCAGCGGACAUCCGAUUCCAUUCAUUGAAUGGUAUUUUGGCGAGAAGAAAAUCUCAGUGACCGAAAACAUCUCCAUGUCUUAUGAGAUGUCGACAUCUUCACUGACCCUGAAGAAUGUGAAUAUGAAUCAAGCGGGCACUUAUUAUUGUCACGCCACAAACUGUCAUGGAACAUCGGUUCUUUCAAUGAAAUUGAUUGUGGAUCCCAUUGAGGUUCAAACCCAUGUAUUCGUGCCGGAAGAGGUGCCAACGAUUGAGGUUACCGAAGUUGACAAAGAGAAGGAACAACGAGAAUUGCGAGCAGCCGCUGAACAAAUUUCAGAGCAGUUCGCCAAACUUUGGAUGCAGGACGCUGUCGCUGAGGCGCAAAAUGUCGCGAUUGACGAGAAGCCGGAUGUUCAAGGAGAACCAGCAGCACUCCAAGAGCAGCCAGCAACUCAGCAGCAAGAUGAAACGCGAUCGGAGGUUCAUGAAGAAAUCGCAGCACUUCAUGAGCAGCCCGAAGAACCCGCAGCAGUUCUCAUAGUGCCGGAAGAUGAUUCAAAGGAGGAGCUACAACCACCAAUUCUUGUCGAAGAACCAGCAGCACUUCAACAAGAAUCGGAACGAGUGACGGAUUAUGAGGAAGCUCAAGAGAAGCCCGAAGAAGCAGCAAUUCGGGAGUCGUCGGUUCCAAACGAGGCACCAAAAAUGCCGUAUGAAGAGAAGGUCAAAACGAUUGAAACGAAUUUGCUUCGCGCCAAGUCGCAAGAGCAGCUUGAGCCAAUUGAAGCGACGAAUCUUCUACUCAAUACAGCGAUUUCUUUGAAAGACGAGCACAUUUGCGACGAGACGACAACCGUUGUGGUAACGCAGCAGCCGCAACACUUCGAGCAAAUCGUGACCGUCAUCGAAUCGAACGUCGAGUGCAGCUCACAUCGAUUGAGCACGGUCACUUCAGUUCCAUUGAAGUUUAUCGAUUUUGAGACACUGAUUCAAAAGCCGAGCACCUCGAUGGAAUCGAUCGAUAAAUCGUUUGUGGAGAAGUCGAAGAAAUCGGCGAACGCCGAACAUCGCAUUGUUGUCCUUCAAGGAAUGUCGAACACAUUCCACAACGCCAUCACGUGGAGUUUGAAGAAGGUCAAAAAGCUUGUUGGCGACGCGGAAUCGAAAGCAUACGCUGACAUCGAGGUUAUCAAACAGGACGAAACCAAUGAGCAAGUCAUGACAAUCAUUGAUAAUGACACUAUUGUUCCGGAAUUGCUUCAAGUGGCAGCAGCAGCCAAUAAGUUGAAGCUUGAAAAUGUCAGCGUUGCUUUGGUUCGCGACGGCGAUAGAGCCCAUCAGGAGCUUGUCAUUGAAUACGAGAGCUCCAUUGAUGAGCCAAUCGAUGAACAGCGCAACACCUCUCAUUUGGUCUAUCAGCAGCCAAUUCCAUCGGGACCUGAUGAGCACACAUGGACGCGAAAGCCAAAGUUCUCUGAAGAUGAAGCUCAUGUGGUGGCAGUGUUUGUGGAAGUCGAUGCAAAUUGUCCGGAUCAGAAUGUCGAAAUCGUCGCCACCGUCAACGCAGCAUAUGAUGGGCCGAAGGUUUACGAGCAGAGUCACGAUGAUCCGUUGACGGAAGCCAGUCAAUCGUUAGCAACCGAAUCUUCAGCAGCACCGCAGAAACCGAGAUUCUUACGAAAACUGGCGAAUUGCUAUGGACGAAUAGGUGAAGCUGUUCAGCUGAAAUGCGUUGUCGCUGGAAUGCCACAACCUGAAAUUGAAUGGUCCGUCGACGGAGACAUUAUUGUUCCCAAUGAUGAAUACACCGUGGUGUACGAAGAUGGUGUCUGUAUUCUCCGCAUCGAAUCCACCUUGAUGGAGGAUGAAGGAGAAUAUUGCUGUACGGCUUCGAACGUCGCUGGAACAGAAUCAAGCAAAUGCUAUCUCAAAUUAUCAGAAUACGACGAUGAUCCGAUUGAUCUACUACGACAAUUGUCGGCGGCGACAUUGGAUCCGACGUCGGCGUCGUUCGACAAUUAUCCAUUGACAUCUUGCCAUUCGUCGGACAACACUAGCCGAUUGAUAUCGAAUGUUGUUUCGGAUGUCGAGCCUCAACGCAUUGCUGAAGCGUCAAAGAGCGAAUCAUUCAAAAAGUUCUUCGAAUCGGCUGACACUGCUGUUAAGGUCACCGAGAUCAUGCAAAAUGAGGCGAGCUCAAAAACGGUCCAGCAACCGAAGCGCGUGAACUCUGUAAUGACGAGCAACACGAAUCUGAUGUUCCAAAAUCAGAACACUCAUGCCGUCGAUUCAAUCACCGCUAUCAUUCAUGAGCCAUCGGCUCUUCGCCAAUCAGUAACCAGCUCAGCCAACUCGUGGGAUUAUAUGUUUGAGGAUCCGUUUCCGGAAAGCAACAAGGAGAUAACGAUCGAUGAGAGUGAGGUCUAUGAGCCGCGUGUUCCUCUGCUUCCACAUAAGCUGAAAUACAAAGGGCAGGAGAUUUUUGCGAACACGAUUAAGCGGAAUGGCGAAGCUGAUGCGCUGAAGAAAUGCGUUGAAUCUCAAUUACUAUUCGACACAGCUGUCCCACAAUCGAAAUCGCGGAUUUUGAAAGAUGUCGAUCCACCGGAAUUGACUGAACAAGUUGCGCUAAGUAAAUUGAAAUAUUUGGAAGCCGAAACAAAAAUUGCCGAUGAAAAACUGGAAUCGAAACUUCUUGAUGCAAUCGACAUGAGCAGCGUCGAAUCGAUCGAAAAGGCAAUAUUCAUCAUUUCCGAUCAACUUGCUGCUCAACAAGCUUCUCCCAAAAAGGAAAUCGCUCCCAGCAAGGAAGAACUUCAGAGCGCACUUGCACAAAUGCUUUCGAGCAAAUCACCGGCGAAAGAAAUGAGCUCGAUCGACAAACUUCGAUUGAAAUUGUCGGAGAUUGAGAAUGACCUUCUCGAAGACACCGAAGUCACCAAUAUUCUCAAAAGACGAAUAAGCGAUAAGGAAGCGAGAAAAGCUGUCAGAAUCAAGAGAGUACCCAGUGCGCAUUCGGCGCGAAUCACACCGAUCACGACAAGUCUCAAGGAUCAGUUGUCGGAGUUGCACAGGAUGACAGUCAGCGAAACGGAAGCAAGAAAAAUUCAAGACGACUCAAGCGAGAUUCAAGAGUUGUUCCGAAAAAUCGAGAAGGAGAUCGAAACGAUUGCCGAGCUUUGCAAACAGAAAAUGACGAAGCAAGGAGCUGACACGGUGUCUCGUGUAUUGAAUUCGGUGCUUCAACAUGUCGCCAGUAUCAUCAAUGUGAUCAGAGUGUCGCAGAAUCUUCAGCCACUCGAAGAGCCGAUGAACGUCGCCGAGACGACGGUUUGGUAUGCAUUCGAAAUUCCGCCGGAAUUUGAGGAUAUUGUUGGAAUUGUGGAUGAAGAGCCAUCGUCGUCACCACCAAGAGAUGACGAAAAAGAAGAGCUUCCCGUGGCGCCACCGAGAAAACGACGAUCGGAAUCGCGUGAUGCUAGAAGUCCACCGCAACCUCCUCCUCGAAGAAAACACCUUUCACCGGAAACGACGCGACAGCCACGAGUAGAAGAGCCCGCUCCGGUGCGACCACCUAGAACUCGUAGCAAGAAUUGGAAAUCGAGUGAGCUUCAAGUCUCGCCGAUAGACGACGAUGAUUCAACGUCAGUGUCAUGCAUUCAUAUGCAAAAGUCGAAUUUCUCCUUCUCCAAUCCAACUGAUCAAUCGGUCAAUGUCAACGCAAUAAUUGAUUUGGACAAUUUCGACGAGAUCGAAUUGACAAUUCCUAAUUUCGAGGAUCAUGCUUCGAUUCAGAUGAUCUGUGAGGAGUCUGACUACGGCACCGACACUGAUAGAUCACUAUUGCUCUCGGGAACUGUUCAAUUCUUCAAUUGCACGUCUCCAGUCGAUGACCGCUCUUUGAAAGUGCCUGAAAAAAUGGAAGAGGUGUUUGUGAAUGUUGAACUUCAUUCGGUUCCCUCAUUGUCUUCUUUGAACGCCGAAGUGAGUCAAUCAUUGAAUAUCGAAUCGAUUGAUGACAAAUCUCAUGGAGAAGAAGUCACCACCGAAGAUUCGCUCACUGGCAAGUCGCUGUUGUCGGAUGAGACGAUUCACGUGGUUCUUGAAGAGACCGAGCUCAGCCAGAUGAACGGUUCAACCGAUCGUCCAUUCUCAGCCGACACGAUUCGUCAAACCGAUAUUCUGUCCGACGAAUCGAUUACACCGGAAAAUUCGAUUCGGAUUUUCGAAGAAUCGGAAGUCACUGAGAGUUUCACAAUCACAAGAAAAUCGCAGAGGAGACGCGUCACUGGAAUGGUCAUUCAGUCGCUUCUCAACACAAUUUCAGCCGUUGUUGCUGCCGACAAUACAUUCGAUGUGGAUGUGGUCCAAGAGCCACAAAAGUACAGCAUUUCAAUCAAAGUCAUUGAGGAUGUCGUCGACUACACAUCGUUGACUAUUCUUUCCGACGUCGAAGAGGAUACUCUAUCACUCGACGGGCAUCGUCUAAAGGCUCAAUCCUGUGAUGAGAUCAGUUUGGCAACAACACGAACUGGAAUAACAAUAUCGAUAGUCGCAAGAAGUCUCAACGAUGGUAUUUAUGCGUCACUUGAGGAAAUCGCUUGGGGCGAAGUGGAAAUGACGAUUCCCGAUAUUAUGUCAAGAAGCUUGGAUGAAGGUUCGAAACAGAGCUUGGUGCAAUUUAAUGUCACAGUCUCCGAAACGAAUUUGGAUGAAGCUAAAUCGCUCAAAUCUCAGCCGUCAUUCAGAAGCUCGCAAACGUCGGUGUCCGAAAUGAAUACGAUAAGCUCCGGCGGAACGAUCAGCAUUCCGAGCUAUGUUGUCAAACUUGAAUCGACGGCCACCAUCACUUGCGAGCUCAACAACUAUUUGCCGAAGAACUGCACAAUCGAUUGGUAUUGCGGCAAAUCGAAAAUUCUAAUCGACAACGAUCGCUAUGAUAGAAUAAGUCACGAUUUGCUCGAAGUGCUCAUUAUUAGGAGUGUCGAGCCGGCAAACGGAAACCUUUACAGUUUGAAAAUCAACGACGAUCUGUUCCCGGUGGCGUAUCUCGUCGUGGAGAACGCCUAUACUCCCAAUAUGACAGCGUCGAUUCUGACGCGACCACAAACCCAAUUUGUAAUGGAAGAGCAACCGACAGUGAUCUCAUGUGUCGUUGAUGAUCCACAAGUUCCCGUGAAUUGGCUCAAGGAUCGACGACCGCUACAUGAGAAUGAGCGGAUUCGAUUGGAGUCGGAUGGAAAUGGAACCCAUCGAGUUGUCAUCAGCUCGACGCAAAUCGAGGAUCAAGGGACCUACAUAGCAUUGACUUCAAACCAAAGUGUCGCUAUAACAUUAGUCGUCGAAGAGCGCAUUGAAGAGAAAGAAGUUACCGUCAUCGCGUCGGGAACCGAGAGCGAAGACGACGAGGUUCAAGAAUACCUCGUGCCGCCGGGAAGCACGGCGACGAUCGCGUGCGAGCUCGAGGAAUGCGAAAUGAAACGAACGAUACGUUGGCUGCGCGACGGCAAGCCGAUCAAAUUCGAAGCGGGAAAAAUCGAGCAUGUGCAGAAUGAGUUGAAGCACUAUUUGGUGGUGCAUGACGCCACGAGCACCGAUAGCGGUCUUUAUAGUAUGAGAUAUUCAGAACUGGACCAAUGCGAGGAAACUGUCGUACCAUUUGGAGUUGUCGCAACAAUUCAAUGUCAGUCUUCUGAAUCGCAAGAUAACAUCGAAUGGAGGAAGGAUGAUCAACCAAUCAUAAAUAAUGAUGAUCGAUUCUCAUUCCGAACAUAUGAAAAUGGCAAAGAUCACGAAAUGGUUAUCACCAAUGUUGAUUGGACCGAUGCUGGAGUGUAUUCGGUGUUGAUCAAUGGAAAAACAACACCAGUAUCGAAAAUCAUCGUCAUUGAAUCCGAAUUGAUCACUCAAACAGUUCCUGAAGAGAUUGAGCAGGAAGAGAAAUCAUCUAGCGAUGGAACUAAUCAAGAUUUUGAAAUGGUCGAGAUUGAUGACGUUGCCAAGAUGGAGCAGGAAAAGACUCCUGAGGUGACGGUUGAUUUGGUGUUCCGUCGGAAGGAUGAAGAUAUUGUCUCCGAUGUGAUAGUCGCUGAAAUUGGAUACGAUGAGGAUGAGUGUUCCACUAUUGCUGACACCAUAACAUCAUUGUCGUCAAGCCCUUUGUACACGACGCCAGUGUUCACCGAAAAACUGCCGCCAACCGAGGUAUUCAAAAACAACAAAUUAGUUUUGCAGGUCGCUUUUAUCGCGGUGCCACAACCAAAAAUCAAAUGGUUCCUUGACGAUCACGAAUUGAUUUCUGACAAUAGCGCGAUUUUCAUCAAAUGCGAAAACGGUGUUAGUGUUCUUCAAAUUCUCAACGAUCGAAAGAAUACGGGAGGUGUUGUGAAGUGCAUUGCGACGAAUUCGGCGGGUCAAGCUCAAACCGAAUGCGUCGUCAUUGCGAAUGACGAGAUCUCGACGAUUAGCGAAAGUUCAAUGGCGUCGUCGACUAGACCGAAAUUCAUUGUACCUCUACCGGAAAAGCUUGAUUUUGUGGUGAACGAUCAUGUCAUGAUGAAGUGCAAAUUCACCGGUCAACCCCUUCCAGCAGCCAUGUGGGAAAAGGAUGGGGUCCUCCUCGACUUGCAAAAGUACUCGGUGAUCACUGAAGACGGCAUCAGUAUUCUAAGAAUUGACGGCGCCACAGUGGAUGAUUCUGCGGUGUACACGUGCUCGAUUGCAAAUGACAUGGGAUGUGAGAGCACGAGUUGCCACGUCAAUAUUAAAGAUGAUAUGCUGUCCAUGGAGAAAACGGGAAUUCAAGUAAUCUGCGAUCGCGACCAAAAUGACAUUGAGCUCGAUGUGUUGGUGAAUUCGCCAAAUCAUCUUGGUGUCACUUUCAAUUUCCCGCCAGUCAAUCGAAAUCUCGCCAAUCAGCCGCCAUACUUUUUAUUGCCGCUGGAAAAUAAGAUAGUGACCGGUGAGAAAUGCACUCUGAAGUGCAUUGUAAUGGGAAUUCCGCUGGUCUUCGUGAAAUGGACGAUCGAUGGCGAAACAGUGAAAAAUGAUAGCAAUCACGAAGUAUUGUUCGAGGAUGGAAUUGCGUUGCUUCGCAUCAAAUCGAUGCCUGACAAGGUGCUUCGAGUGAAAUGCGAAGCGACGAAUUGCAAAGGAAAAGCAAUGACCGAAUGCACAGUCCAGCGUGCCGAGGACAACACAUCGGAAUUGUCAACCAACGAGCAGAAACCGUAUUUCACACUUCGAUUGAAGGAUACAUUGGUUAGCACCGAUUCGACGACACUGAAAUGCCUCGUCGGCGGAAAUCCAUUGCCGCAGGUUCAUUGUACAAUUGACUCGCAAAUCGCCGAAAAAAUAACGUGUGAAGACGGCGUCGUUUUCAUAACGGUUGAUAAUAUUACUGAAGAAGGUGUGCUCGUUGAGUGUGUUCUUCAUAAUUCGUCGGGAAGCGCAAUGUCGAAGUGCAUUGUGAAAAAAGUCAAGAAGUGUGAUCCACAAAAGCCAGUUUUCGUGUACUCGGUGGCGAACACCUCAGGAGACAAUCGCGAGAUUUCGCUGAAGGUUGGAGUCGUGGCAUGCCCGGAACCUGAUAUUUUUUGGCAGCACAAUGGAACUCCUGUGGAAAAUGAUGGAAACACACAAAUAAUUUAUGAAGACGGAAUUGGUAUUUUGAAAAUUUCGAAUCUUGAAAAAGGAACCCAUCAAUUUGACUGUAAAGCUGUUAAUAAUUAUGGAUCGACUCAAGUUUCGAUUCCGGUUGAGAUUGAAGAUCAAACAGAUAACAAAGAGGAACCAAAGUUGAAAUUUUUGAAGGCAUUAGACAACAAAAAUGUUGUUGAUGAUGUGAUUCAAUUAAAAGUUGUUUGCGAAGGCCCUCAACCAAUCAGCUUUGAAUGGAAAGAAAAUAAUGAAACGGUCAUGGACGAUGAAUCCCACAAAAUCACGUGCGAUGGUGCGAUCUCAACCCUGCAAGUAAUCACCGCUCACCGGAACCCACUGAAAUACACAUGCAUCGCGAGAUUCAAGGAUCAACAAUGCGAAACGACAUGUGUCGUCAGGAAAAUUGAAAGCACAAUAUCGGAUUUAGUACUGACUAAUGAAGAAAAUAUCGGUGGAAUGGUGGUUCGAGAAGAAAGCGAUUUGAACAUCAAUGAGAUAACGGCUCGAGCAAUUGUCAUUGCCAAGAACAUCACAGAAACAAAAUGCACAAUAAACGGAAAUGAAUGCGAGAUCAACGAAAAUGAUGGAUCAAUAACAGUUUCCUUGAGCGAGAUAGGUGAAGAAAAUCAAAUGCUGAAGAUUUGCAUAAAAAGAGACGAUCGAAUCGAAAAUAAAGAAACACGGCAACAAAUUGUUUGUUACAAUGAACCUGUCAUCACAGAAACAAGGAAAAACAAUAACAGCGAAUGCGAAAUGGAAAACAUGGAAAUCAAUUACUCACUGAGAGUAGAUCAAGAAAACGCAAAAGUUACAUGCAUUCUAAUUGACGAAGAGCCGAAACCUGCUGUGGUUGAGCCAGAUCAGAAGAUUGAAGACGUCCAGAAGGUCGCGGAAGUCGCUCAAGAGAAACCAGAAGAGCCGAAACCAGAUGUGGUUGAGCCAGAGCAGAAGACUGAAGACGUCCAGAAGGUCGCGGAAGUCGCUCAAGAGAAACCAGAAGAGCCGAAACCAGCUGUGGUUGAGCCAGAUCAGAAGACUGAAGACGUCCAGAAGGUCGCGAAAGUCGCUCAAGAGAAACCAGAAGAGCCGAAACCAGAUGUGGUUGAGCCAGAGCAGAAGACUGAAGACGUCCAGAAGGUCGCGGAAGUCGCUCAAGAGAAACCAGAAGAGCCGAAACCUGCUGUGGUUGAGCCAGAUCAGAAGACUGAAGACGUCCAGAAGGUCGCGGAAGUCGCUCAAGAGAAACCAGAAGAGCCGAAACCAGAUGUGGUUGAGACAGAGCAGAAGAUUGAAGACGUCCAGAAGGUCGUGGAAGUCGCUCAAGAGAAACCAGAUGAGCCGAAACCAGCUGUGGUUGAGUCAGAGCAGAAGACUGAAGACGUCCAGAAGGUCGUGGAAGUCGUGGAAGACCAAGUGUUCAUUGAGGAACCUGAAUCCUUGUCUCCGGAUGAAUCCGAAGUUACUGCGGACCUCUUCUUCGAACGACCGGAAUUCACAUCUGGACUGGAAAUUGAUUUAUUGGUUGAAACGUUUGAGUCUAUCAAUUACAUCAUUCAGUUCAACAAGAUCACGAAAACGCACGAAGAGAUUAAAGAAGACGUCCAGAAGGUCGAAGAAGUGGCUCAAGAGAAACCAGAAGAGCUGAAACCAGCUGUGGUUGAGCCAGAGCAGAAGACUGAAGACGUCCAGAAGGUCGCGGAAGUCGCUCAAGAGAAACCAGAAGAGCCGAAACCAGCUGUGGUUGAGCCAGAUCAGAAGACUGAAGACGUCCAGAAGGUCGCGAAAGUCGCUCAAGAGAAACCAGAAGAGCCGAAGCCAGAUGUGGUUGAGCCAGAGCAGAAGACUGAAGACGUCCAGAAGGUCGUGGAAGUCGCUCAAGAGAAACCAGAAGAGCCGAAACCAGCUGUGGUUGAACCAGAGCAGAAGAUUGAAGACGUCCAGAAGGUCGUGGAAGUCGUGGAAGACCAAGUGUUCAUUGAGGAACCUGAAUCCUUGUCUCCGGAUGAAUCCGAAGUUACUGCGGACCUCUUCUUCGAACGACCGGAAUUCACAUCUGGACUGGAAAUUGAUUUAUUGGUUGAAACGUUUGAGUCUAUCAAUUACAUCAUUCAGUUCAACAAGAUCACGAAAACGCACGAAGAGAUUAAAGAAGACGUCCAGAAGGUCGAAGGAGUGGCCCAAGAGAAACCAGAAGAGCCGAAACCAGCUGUGGUUGAGACAGAGCAGAAGACUGAAGACGUCCAGAAGGUCGCGGAAGUCGCUCAAGAGAAACCAGAAGAGCCGAAACCAGCUGUGGUUGAGCCAGAUGAGAAGACUGAAGACGUCCAGAAGGUCGCGAAAGUCGCUCAAGAGAAACCAGAAGAGCCGAAACCAGAUGUGGUUGAGCCAGAGCAGAAGACUGAAGACGUCCAGAAGGUCGUGGAAGUCGCUCAAGAGAAACCAGAAGAGCCGAAACCAGCUGUGGUUGAACCAGAGCAGAAGAUUGAAGACGUCCAGAAGGUCGUGGAAGUCGUGGAAGACCAAGUGUUCAUUGAGGAACCUGAAUCCUUGUCUCCGGAUGAAUCCGAAGUUACUGCGGACCUCUUCUUCGAACGACCGGAAUUCACAUCUGGACUGGAAAUUGAUUUAUUGCUUGAAACGUUUGAGUCUAUCAAUUACAUCAUUCAGUUCAACAAGAUCACGAAAACGCACGAAGAGAUUAAAGAAGACGUCCAGAAGGUCGAAGGAGUGGCCCAAGAGAAACCAGAAGAGCCGAAACCAGCUGUGGUUGAGACAGAGCAGAAGACUGAAGACGUCCAGAAGGUCGCGGAAGUCGCUCAAGAGAAACCAGAAGAGCCGAAACCAGAUGUGGUUGAGCCAGAGCAGAAGACUGAAGACGUCCAGAAGGUCGCGGAAGUCGCUCAAGAGAAACCAGAAGAGCCGAAACCAGCUGUGGUUGAGCCAGAUCAGAAGACUGAAGACGUCCAGAAGGUCGCGAAAGUCGCUCAAGAGAAACCAGAAGAGCCGAAACCAGAUGUGGUUGAGCCAGAGCAGAAGACUGAAGACGUCCAGAAGGUCGUGGAAGUCGCUCAAGAGAAACCAGAAGAGCCGAAACCAGCUGUGGUUGAGACAGAGCAGAAGAUUGAAGACGUCCAGAAGGUCGUGGAAGUCGCUCAAGAGAAACCAGAUGAGCCGAAACCAGCUGUGGUUGAGUCAGAGCAGAAGACUGAAGACGUCCAGAAGGUCGUGGAAGUCGCUCAAGAGAAACCAGAAGAGCCGAAACCAGCUGUGGUUGAGACAGAGCAGAAGAUUGAAGACGUCCAGAAGGUCGUGGAAGUCGCUCAAGAGAAACCAGAAGAGCCGAAACCAGCUGUGGUUGAGACAGAGCAGAAGAUUGAAGACGUCCAGAAGGUCGUGGAAGUCGCUCAAGAGAAACCAGAAGAGCCGAAACCAGCUGUGGUUGAACCAGAGCAGAAGAUUGAAGACGUCCAGAAGGUCGUGGAAGUCGUGGAAGACCAAGUGUUCAUUGAGGAACCUGAAUCCUUGUCUCCGGAUGAAUCCGAAGUUACUGCGGACCUCUUCUUCGAACGACCGGAAUUCACAUCUGGACUGGAAAUUGAUUUAUUGCUUGAAACGUUUGAGUCUAUCAAUUACAUCAUUCAGUUCAACAAGAUCACGAAAACGCACGAAGAGAUUAAAGAAGACGUCCAGAAGGUCGAAGGAGUGGCCCAAGAGAAACCAGAAGAGCCGAAACCAGCUGUGGUUGAGACAGAGCAGAAGACUGAAGACGUCCAGAAGGUCGCGGAAGUCGCUCAAGAGAAACCAGAAGAGCCGAAACCAGAUGUGGUUGAGCCAGAGCAGAAGACUGAAGACGUCCAGAAGGUCGCGGAAGUCGCUCAAGAGAAACCAGAAGAGCCGAAACCAGCUGUGGUUGAGCCAGAUCAGAAGACUGAAGACGUCCAGAAGGUCGCGAAAGUCGCUCAAGAGAAACCAGAAGAGCCGAAACCAGAUGUGGUUGAGCCAGAGCAGAAGACUGAAGACGUCCAGAAGGUCGUGGAAGUCGCUCAAGAGAAACCAGAAGAGCCGAAACCAGCUGUGGUUGAACCAGAGCAGAAGAUUGAAGACGUCCAGAAGGUCGUGGAAGUCGUGGAAGACCAAGUGUUCAUUGAGGAACCUGAAUCCUUGUCUCCGGAUGAAUCCGAAGUUACUGCGGACCUCUUCUUCGAACGACCGGAAUUCACAUCUGGACUGGAAAUUGAUUUAUUGCUUGAAACGUUUGAGUCUAUCAAUUACAUCAUUCAGUUCAACAAGAUCACGAAAACGCACGAAGAGAUUAAAGAAGACGUCCAGAAGGUCGAAGGAGUGGCCCAAGAGAAACCAGAAGAGCCGAAACCAGCUGUGGUUGAGACAGAGCAGAAGACUGAAGACGUCCAGAAGGUCGCGGAAGUCGCUCAAGAGAAACCAGAAGAGCCGAAACCAGAUGUGGUUGAGCCAGAGCAGAAGACUGAAGACGUCCAGAAGGUCGCGGAAGUCGCUCAAGAGAAACCAGAAGAGCCGAAACCAGCUGUGGUUGAGCCAGAUCAGAAGACUGAAGACGUCCAGAAGGUCGCGAAAGUCGCUCAAGAGAAACCAGAAGAGCCGAAACCAGAUGUGGUUGAGCCAGAGCAGAAGACUGAAGACGUCCAGAAGGUCGUGGAAGUCGCUCAAGAGAAACCAGAAGAGCCGAAACCAGCUGUGGUUGAGACAGAGCAGAAGAUUGAAGACGUCCAGAAGGUCGUGGAAGUCGCUCAAGAGAAACCAGAUGAGCCGAAACCAGCUGUGGUUGAGUCAGAGCAGAAGACUGAAGACGUCCAGAAGGUCGUGGAAGUCGCUCAAGAGAAACCAGAAGAGCCGAAACCAGCUGUGGUUGAACCAGAGCAGAAGACUGAAGACGUCCAGAAAGUCGUGGAAGUCGCUCAAGAGAAACCAGAAGAGCCGAAACUAGCUGUGGUUGAACCAGAGCAGAAGACUGAAGACGUCCAGAAGGUCGCGGAAGUCGCUCAAGAGAAACCAGAAGAGCCGAAACCAGCUGUGGUUGAACCAGAGCAGAAGACUGAAGACGUCCAGAAGGUCGCGAAAGUCGCUCAAGAGAAACCAGAAGAGCCGAAACCAGAUGUGGUUGAGCCAGAGCAGAAGACUGAAGACGUCCAGAAGGUCGUGGAAGACGCUCAAGAGAAACCAGAAGAGACGAAACCAGCUGUGGUUGAACCAGAGCAGAAGACUGAAGACGUCCAGAAGGUCGUGGAAGACGCUCAAGAGAAACCAGAAGAGCCGAAACCAGCUGUGGUUGAGCCAGAUCAGAAGACUGAAGACGUCCAGAAGGUCGCGGAAGUCGCUCAAGAGAAACCAGAAGAGCCGAAACCAGAUGUGGUUGAGCCAGAGCAGAAGACUGAAGACGUCCAGAAGGUCGCGGAAGUCGCUCAAGAGAAACCAGAAGAGCCGAAACCAGAUGUGGUUGAGCCAGAGCAGAAGACUGAAGACGUCCAGAAGGUCGCGGAAGUCGCUCAAGAGAAACCAGAAGAGCCGAAACCAGAUGUGGUUGAGCCAGAGCAGAAGACUGAAGACGUCCAGAAGGUCGUGGAAGUCGCUCAAGAGAAACCAGAAGAGCCGAAACCAGCUGUGGUUGAGCCAGAUCAGAAGACUGAAGACGUCCAGAAGGUCGCGGAAGUCGCUCAAGAGAAACCAGAAGAGCCGAAACCAGAUGUGGUUGAGCCAGAGCAGAAGACUGAAGACGUCCAGAAGGUCGCGGAAGUCGCUCAAGAGAAACCAGAAGAGCCGAAACCAGCUGUGGUUGAGCCAGAUCAGAAGACUGAAGACGUCCAGAAGGUCACGAAAGUCGCUCAAGAGAAACCAGAAGAGCCGAAACCAGAUGUGGUUGAGCCAGAGCAGAAGACUGAAGACGUCCAGAAGGUCGUGGAAGACGCUCAAGAGAAACCAGAAGAGACGAAACCAGCUGUGGUUGAACCAGAGCAGAAGACUGAAGACGUCCAGAAGGUCGUGGAAGACGCUCAAGAGGAACCAGAAGAGCCGAAACCAGCUGUGGUUGAACCAGAGCAGAAGACUGAAGACGUCCAGAAGGUCGUGGAAGUCGUGGAAGACCAAGUGUUCAUUGAGGAAUCUGAAUCCUUGUCUCCGGAUGAAUCCGAAGUUACUACGGACCUCUUCUUCGGACGACCGGAAUUCACAUCUGGACUGGAAAUUGAUUUAUUGGUUGAAACGUUUGAGUCUAUCAAUUACAUCAUUCAGUUCAACAAGAUCACGAAAACGCACGAAGAGAUUAAAGAAGACGUCCAGAAGGUCGAAGAAGUGGCUCAAGAGAAACCAGAUGAGCCGAAACCAGCUGUGGUUGAGACAGAGCAGAAGAUUGAAGACGUCCAGAAGGUCGUGGAAGUCGCUCAAGAGAAACCAGAAGAGCCGAAACCAGCUGUGGUUGAACCAGAGCAGAAGACUGAAGACGUCCAGAAGGUCGUGGAUGUCGCUCAAGAGAAACCAGAAGAGCCGAAACCAGCUGUGGUUGAACCAGAGCAGAAGACUGAAGACGUCCAGAAGGUCGUGGAAGUCGCUCAAGAGAAACCAGAAGAGCCGAAACCAGCUGUGGUUGAGACAGAGCAGAAGAAUGAAGACGUCCAGAAGGUCGUGGAAGUCGCUCAAGAGAAACCAGAUGAGCCGAAACCAGCUGUGGUUGAACCAGAGCAGAAGACUGAAGACGUCCAGAAGGUCGUGGAAGUCGUGGAAGACCAAGUGUUCAUUGAGGAAUCUGAAUCCUUGUCUCCGGAUGAAUCCGAAGUUACUACGGACCUCUUCUUCGGACGACCGGAAUUCACAUCUGGACUGGAAAUUGAUUUAUUGGUUGAAACGUUUGAGUCUAUCAAUUACAUCAUUCAGUUCAACAAGAUCACGAAAACGCACGAAGAGAUUAAAGAAGACGUCCAGAAGGUCGAAGAAGUGGCUCAAGAGAAACCAGAUGAGCCGAAACCAGCUGUGGUCGUUGAAGUCGCUAAAGAGAAACCAGAAGAGCCGAAACCAGCUGUGGUUGAACCAGAGCAGAAGACUGAAGACGUCCAGAAGGUCGUGGAUGUCGCUCAAGAGAAACCAGAAGAGCCGAAACCAGCUGUGGUUGAACCAGAGCAGAAGACUGAAGACGUCCAGAAGGUCGUGGAAGUCGCUCAAGAGAAACCAGAAGAGCCGAAACCAGCUGUGGUUGAGACAGAGCAGAAGAUUGAAGACGUCCAGAAGGUCGUGGAAGUCGCUCAAGAGAAACCAGAUGAGCCGAAACCAGCUGUGGUUGAGUCAGAGCAGAAGACUGAAGACGUCCAGAAGGUCGUGGAAGUCGCUCAAGAGAAACCAGAAGAGCCGAAACCAGCUGUGGUUGAGUCAGAGCAGAAGACUGAAGACGUCCAGAAGGUCGUGGAAGUCGUGGAAGACCAAGUGUUCAUUGAGGAACCUGAAUCCUUGUCUCCGGAUGAAUCCGAAGUUACUACGGACCUCUUCCUCGGACGACCGGGAUUCACAUCUGGACUGGAAAUUGAUUUAUUGGUUGAAACGUUUGAGUCUAUCAAUUACAUCAUUCAGUUCAACAAGAUCACGAAAACGCACGAAGAGAUUAAAGAAGACGUCCAGAAGGUCGAAGGAGUGGCCCAAGAGAAACCAGAAGAGCCGAAACCAGCUGUGGUUGAGACAGAGCAGAAGACUGAAGACGUCCAGAAGGUCGCGGAAGUCGCUCAAGAGAAACCAGAAGAGCCGAAACCUGCUGUGGUUGAGUCAGAGCAGAAGACUGAAGACGUCCAGAAGGUCGUGGAAGUCGCUCAAGAGAAACCAGAAGAGCCGAAACCAGCUGUGGUUGAACCAGAGCAGAAGACUGAAGACGUCCAGAAGGUCGUGGAAGUCGUGGAAGACCAAGUGUUCAUUGAGGAACCUGAAUCCUUGUCUCCGGAUGAAUCCGAAGUUACUGCGGACCUCUUCUUCGAACGACCGGAAUUCACAUCUGGACUGGAAAUUGAUUUAUUGGUUGAAACGUUUGAGUCUAUCAAUUACAUCAUUCAGUUCAACAAGAUCACGAAAACGCACGAAGAGAUUAAAGAAGACGUCCAGAAGGUCGAAGAAGUGGCUCAAGAGAAACCAGAAGAGCUGAAACCAGCUGUGGUUGAGACAGAGCAGAAGAUUGAAGACGUCCAGAAGGUCGUGGAAGUCGCUCAAGAGAAACCAGAAGAGCCGAAACCAGCUGUGGUUGAACCAGAGCAGAAGACUGAAGACGUCCAGAAAGUCGUGGAAGUCGCUCAAGAGAAACCAGAAGAGCCGAAACCAGAUGUGGUUGAGCCAGAGCAGAAGACUGAAGACGUCCAGAAGGUCGUGGAAGUCGCUCAAGAGAAACCAGAAGAGCCGAAACCAGCUGUGGUUGAGACAGAGCAGAAGACUGAAGACGUCCAGAAAGUCGUGGAAGUCGCUCAAGAGAAACCAGAAGAGCCGAAACCAGCUGUGGUUGAGACAGAGAAGAAGAUUGAAGACGUCCAGAAGGUCGUGGAAGUCGCUCAAGAGAAACCAGAAGAGCUGAAACCAGCUGUGGUUGAGUCAGAGCAGAAGACUGAAGACGUCCAGAAGGUCGUGGAAGUCGCUCAAGAGAAACCAGAAGAGCUGAAACCAGCUGUGGUUGAGUCAGAGCAGAAGACUGAAGACGUCCAGAAGGUCGUGGAAGUCGCUCAAGAGAAACCAGAAGAGCUGAAACCAGCUGUGGUUGAGUCAGAGCAGAAGACUGAAGACGUCCAGAAGGUCGUGGAAGUCGCUCAAGAGAAACCAGAAGAGUCGAAACCAGCUGUGGUUGAGACAGAGCAGAAGAUUGAAGACGUCCAGAAGGUCGUGGAAGUCGCUCAAGAGAAACCAGAAGAGCCGAAACCAGCUGUGGUUGAGACAGAGCAGAAGAUUGAAGACGUCCAGAAGGUCGUGGAAGUCGCUCAAGAGAAACCAGAAGAGCCGAAACCAGCUGUGGUUGAACCAGAGCAGAAGACUGAAGACGUCCAGAAAGUCGUGGAAGUCGCUCAAGAGAAACCAGAAGAGCCGAAACCAGAUGUGGUUGAGCCAGAGCAGAAGACUGAAGACGUCCAGAAGGUCGCGGAAGUCGCUCAAGAGAAACCAGAAGAGCCGAAACCUGCUGUGGUUGAGCCAGAUCAGAAGACUGAAGACGUCCAGAAGGUCGCGGAAGUCGCUCAAGAGAAACCAGAAGAGCCGAAACCUGCUGUGGUUGAGCCAGAUCAGAAGACUGAAGACGUCCAGAAGGUCGCGGAAGUCGCUCAAGAGAAACCAGAAGAGCCGAAACCAGCUGUGGUUGAACCAGAGCAGAAGACUGAAGACGUCCAGAAGGUCGUGGAAGACGCUCAAGAGAAACCAGAAGAGCCGAAACCAGCUGUGGUUGAGCCAGAUCAGAAGACUGAAGACGUCCAGAAGGUCGCGGAAGUCGCUCAAGAGAAACCAGAAGAGCCGAAACCAGAUGUGGUUGAGCCAGAGCAGAAGACUGAAGUCGUCCAGAAGGUCGCGGAAGUCGCUCAAGAGAAACCAGAAGAGCCGAAACCAGAUGUGGUUGAGCCAGAGCAGAAGACUGAAGACGUCCAGAAGCUCGUGGAAGUCGCUCAAGAGAAACCAGAAGAGCCGAAACCAGCUGUGGUUGAGCCAGAUCAGAAGACUGAAGACGUCCAGAAGGUCGCGGAAGUCGCUCAAGAGAAACCAGAAGAGCCGAAACCAGAUGUGGUUGAGCCAGAGCAGAAGACUGAAGACGUCCAGAAGGUCGCGGAAGUCGCUCAAGAGAAACCAGAAGAGCCGAAACCAGAUGUGGUUGAGCCAGAGCAGAAGACUGAAGACGUCCAGAAGGUCGCGGAAGUCGCUCAAGAGAAACCAGAAGAGCCGAAACCAGAUGUGGUUGAGCCAGAGCAGAAGAAUGAAGACGUCCAGAAGGUCGCGGAAGUCGCUCAAGAGAAACCAGAAGAGCCGAAACCAGCUGUGGUUGAGCCAGAUCAGAAGACUGAAGACGUCCAGAAGGUCGCGAAAGUCGCUCAAGAGAAACCAGAAGAGCCGAAACCAGAUGUGGUUGAGCCAGAGCAGAAGACUGAAGACGUCCAGAAGGUCGUGGAAGACGCUCAAGAGAAACCAGAAGAGACGAAACCAGCUGUGGUUGAACCAGAGCAGAAGACUGAAGACGUCCAGAAGGUCGUGGAAGACGCUCAAGAGGAACCAGAAGAGCCGAAACCAGCUGUGGUUGAGCCAGAGCAGAAGACUGAAGACGUCCAGAAGGUCGCGGAAGUCGCUCAAGAGAAACCAGAAGAGCCGAAACCAGAUGUGGUUGAGCCAGAGCAGAAGACUGAAGACGUCCAGAAGCUCGUGGAAGUCGCUCAAGAGAAACCAGAAGAGCCGAAACCAGAUGUGGUUGAGCCAGAGCAGAAGACUGAAGACGUCCAGAAGGUCGCGGAAGUCGCUCAAGAGAAACCAGAAGAGCCGAAACCAGAUGUGGUUGAGCCAGAGCAGAAGACUGAAGACGUCCAGAAGCUCGUGGAAGUCGCUCAAGAGAAACCAGAGGAGCCGAAACCAGCUGUGGUUGAGUCAGAGCAGAAGACUGAAGACGUCCAGAAGGUCGUGGAAGUCGCUCAAGAGAAACCAGAAGAGCCGAAACCAGCUGUGGUUGAGACAGAGCAGAAGAUUGAAGACGUCCAGAAGGUCGUGGAAGUCGCUCAAGAGAAACCAGAAGAGCCGAAACCAGCUGUGGUUGAACCAGAGCAGAAGAUUGAAGACGUCCAGAAAGUCGUGGAAGUCGCUCAAGAGAAACCAGAAGAGCCGAAACCAGCUGUGGUUGAGCCAGAGCAGAAGAUUGAAGACGUCCAGAAGGUCGCGGAAGUCGCUCAAGAGAAACCAGAAGAGCCGAAACCUGCUGUGGUUGAGUCAGAGCAGAAGACUGAAGACGUCCAGAAGGUCGCGGAAGUCGCUCAAGAGAAACCAGAAGAGCCGAAACCUGCUGGGGUUGAACCAGAGCAGAAGACUGAAGACGUCCAGAAGCUCGUGGAAGACGCUCAAGAGAAACCAGAAGAGCCGAAACCAGUUGUGGUUGAGUCAGAGCAGAAGAUUGAAGACGUCCAGAAGGUCGUGGAAGACGCUCAAGAGAAACCAGAAGAGCCGAAACCAGCUGUGGUUGAGCCAGAGCAGAAGACUGAAGACGUCCAGAAGGUCGUGGAAGUCGCUCAAGAGAAACCAGAAGAGCCGAAACCAGCUGUGGUUGAACCAGAGCAGAAGACUGAAGACGUCCAGAAGGUCGUGGAAGUCGUGGAAGACCAAGUGUUCAUUGAGGAAUCUGAAUCCUUGUCUCCGGAUGAAUCCGAAGUUACUACGGACCUCUUCUUCGGACGACCGGAAUUCACAUCUGGACUGGAAAUUGAUUUAUUGGUUGAAACGUUUGAGUCUAUCAAUUACAUCAUUCAGUUCAACAAGAUCACGAAAACGCACGAAGAGAUUAAAGAAGACGUUCAGAAGGUCGAAGAAGUGGCUCAAGAGAAACCAGAAGAGCCGAAACCAGCUGUGGUUGAGUCAGAGCAGAAGACUGAAGACGUCCAGAAGGUCGUGGAAGUCGCUCAAGAGAAACCAGAAGAGCCGAAACCAGCUGUGGUUGAGUCAGAGCAGAAGACUGAAGACGUCCAGAAGGUCGUGGAAGUCGCUCAAGAGAAACCAGAUGAGCCGAAACCAGCUGUGGUUGAAGAAACCAGAAAGAAACCAGAAGAGCCGACACCAGCUGUGGUUGAGACAGAGCAGAAGAUUGAAGACGUCCAGAAGGUCGUGGAAGUCGCUCAAGAGAAACCAGAAGAGCCGAAACCAGCUGUGGUUGAGCCAGAGCAGAAGACUGAAGACGUCCAGAAGGUCGUGGAAGACGCUCAAGAGAAACCAGAAGAGCCGAAACCAGCUGUGGUUGAACCAGAGCAGAAGACUGAAGACGUCCAGAAGGUCGUGGAAGUCGUGGAAGACAAAGUGUUCAUUGAGGAAUCUGAAUCCUUGUCUCCGGAUGAAUCCGAAGUUACUGCGGACCUCUUCUUCGAACGACCGGAAUUCACAUCUGGACUGGAAAUUGAUUUAUUGGUUGAAACGUUUGAGUCUAUCAAUUACAUCAUUCAGUUCAACAAGAUCACGAAAACGCACGAAGAGAUUAAAGAAGACGUCCAGAAGGUCGAAGAAGUGGCUCAAGAGAAACCAGAAGAGCCGAAACCAGCUGUGGUUGAGACAGAGCAGAAGAUUGAAGACGUCCAGAAGGUCGUGGAAGUCGCUCAAGAGAAACCAGAAGAGCCGAAACCAGCUGUGGUUGAGCCAGAGCAGAAGACUGAAGACGUCCAGAAGGUCGUGGAAGACGCUCAAGAGAAACCAGAAGAGCCGAAACCAGCUGUGGUUGAACCAGAGCAGAAGACUGAAGACGUCCAGAAGGUCGUGGAAGUCGUGGAAGACCAAGUGUUCAUUGAGGAAUCUGAAUCCUUGUCUCCGGAUGAAUCCGAAGUUACUGCGGACCUCUUCUUCGAACGACCGGAAUUCACAUCUGGACUGGAAAUUGAUUUAUUGGUUGAAACGUUUGAGUCUAUCAAUUACAUCAUUCAGUUCAACAAGAUCACGAAAACGCACGAAGAGAUUAAAGAAGACGUCCAGAAGGUCGAAGAAGUGGCUCAAGAGAAACCAGAAGAGCCGAAACCAGCUGUGGUUGAGACAGAGCAGAAGAUUGAAGACGUCCAGAAGGUCGUGGAAGUCGCUCAAGAGAAACCAGAGGAGCCGAAACCAGCUGUGGUUGAGUCAGAGCAGAAGACUGAAGACGUCCAGAAGGUCGUGGAAGUCGCUCAAGAGAAACCAGAAGAGCCGAAACCAGCUGUGGUUGAGACAGAGCAGAAGAUUGAAGACGUCCAGAAGGUCGUGGAAGUCGCUCAAGAGAAACCAGAAGAGCCGAAACCAGCUGUGGUUGAACCAGAGCAGAAGACUGAAGACGUCCAGAAAGUCGUGGAAGUCGCUCAAGAGAAACCAGAAGAGCCGAAACCAGCUGUGGUUGAGCCAGAGCAGAAGAUUGAAGACGUCCAGAAGGUCGUGGAUGUCGCUCAAGAGAAACCAGAAGAGCCGAAACCAGCUGUGGUUGAGCCAGAGCAGAAGACUGAAGACGUCCAGAAGGUCGUGGAAGACGCUCAAGAGAAACCAGAAGAGCCGAAACCAGCUGUGGUUGAACCAGAGCAGAAGACUGAAGACGUCCAGAAGGUCGUGGAAGUCGUGGAAGACCAAGUGUUCAUUGAGGAAUCUGAAUCCUUGUCUCCGGAUGAAUCCGAAGUUACUACGGACCUCUUCUUCGGACGACCGGAAUUCACAUCUGGACUGGAAAUUGAUUUAUUGGUUGAAACGUUUGAGUCUAUCAAUUACAUCAUUCAGUUCAACAAGAUCACGAAAACGCACGAAGAGAUUAAAGAAGACGUUCAGAAGAUCGAAGAAGUGGCUCAAGAGAAACCAGAAGAGCCGAAACCAGCUGUGGUUGAGUCAGAGCAGAAGACUGAAGACGUCCAGAAGGUCGUGGAAGUCGCUCAAGAGAAACCAGAAGAGCCGAAACCAGCUGUGGUUGAGUCAGAGCAGAAGACUGAAGACGUCCAGAAGGUCGUGGAAGUCGCUCAAGAGAAACCAGAUAAGCCGAAACCAGCUGUGGUUGAGUCAGAGCAGAAGACUGAAGACGUCCAGAAGGUCGUGGAAGUCGCUCAAGAGAAACCAGAAGAGCCGAAACCAGCUGUGGUUGAGUCAGAGCAGAAGACUGAAGACGUCCAGAAGGUCGUGGAAGUCGCUCAAGAGAAACCAGAAGAGCCGAAACCAGCUGUGGUUGAGACAGAGAAGAAGAUUGAAGACGUCCAGAAGGUCGUGGAAGUCGCUCAAGAGAAACCAGAAGAGCCGAAACCAGCUGUGGUUGAACCAGAGCAGAAGACUGAAGACGUCCAGAAGGUCGUGGAAGUCGCUCAAGAGAAACCAGAAGAGCCGAAACCAGCUGUGGUUGAGCCAGAGCAGAUGACUGAAGACGUCCAGAAGGUCGUGGAAGUCGCUCAAGAGAAACCAGAAGAGCCGAAACCAGCUGUGGUUGAGCCAGAGCAGAAGACUGAAGACGUCCAGAAGGUCGUGGAAGUCGCUCAAGAGAAACCAGAAGAGCAGAAACCAGCUGUGGUUGAGCCAGAGCAGAAGACUGAAGACGUCCAGAAGGUCGUGGAAGUCGCUCAAGAGAAACCAGAAGAGCCGAAACCAGCUGUGGUUGAGUCAGAGCAGAAGAUUGAAGACGUCCAGAAGGUCGUGGAAGUCGUGGAAGACAAAGUGUUCAUUGAGGAAUCUGAAUCCUUGUCUCCGGAUGAAUCCGAAGUUACUACGGACCUCUUCUUCGGACGACCGGAAUUCACAUCUGGACUGGAAAUUGAUUUAUUGGUUGAAACGUUUGAGUCUAUCAAUUACAUCAUUCAGUUCAACAAGAUCACGAAAACGCACGAAGAGAUUAAAGAAGACGUCCAGAAGGUCGAAGGAGUGGCCCAAGAGAAACCAGAAGAGCCGAAACCAGCUGUGGUUGAGACAGAGCAGAAGACUGAAGACGUCCAGAAGGUCGCGGAAGUCGCUCAAGAGAAACCAGAAGAGCCGAAACCUGCUGUGGUUGAACCAGAGCAGAAGACUGAAGACGUCCAGAAGGUCGUGGAAGACGCUCAAGAGAAACCAGAAGAGCCGAAACCAGCUGUGGUUGAGUCAGAGCAGAAGACAGAAGACGUCCAGAAGGUCGCGGAAGUCGCUCAAGAGAAACCAGAAGAGCCGAAACCAGCUGUGGUUGAGACAGAGCAGAAGACUGAAGACGUCCAGAAGGUCGCGGAAGUCGCUCAAGAGAAACCAGAAGAGCCGAAACCAGCUGUGGUUGAACCAGAGCAGAAGACUGAAGACGUCCAGAAGGUCGUGGAAGUCGUGGAAGACCAAGUGUUCAUUGAGGAAUCUGAAUCCUUGUCUCCGGAUGAAUCCGAAGUUACUACGGACCUCUUCUUCGGACGACCGGAAUUCACAUCUGGACUGGAAAUUGAUUUAUUGGUUGAAACGUUUGAGUCUAUCAAUUACAUCAUUCAGUUCAACAAGAUCACGAAAACGCACGAAGAGAUUAAAGAAGACGUCCAGAAGGUCGAAGAAGUGGCUCAAGAGAAACCAGAAGAGCUGAAACCAGCUGUGGUUGAACCAGAGCAGAAGACUGAAGACGUCCAGAAGGUCGUGGAAGACGCUCAAGAGAAACCAGAAGAGCCGAAACCAGCUGUGGUUGAACCAGAGCAGAAGACUGAAGACGUCCAGAAGGUCGUGGAAGACGCUCAAGAGAAACCAGAAGAGCCGAAACCAGCUGUGGUUGAACCAGAGCAGAAGACUGAAGACGUCCAGAAGGUCGUGGAAGUCGUGGAAGACCAAGUGUUCAUUGAGGAAUCUGAAUCCUUGUCUCCGGAUGAAUCCGAAGUUACUACGGACCUCUUCUUCGGACGACCGGAAUUCACAUCUGGACUGGAAAUUGAUUUAUUGGUUGAAACGUUUGAGUCUAUCAAUUACAUCAUUCAGUUCAACAAGAUCACGAAAACGCACGAAGAGAUUAAAGAAGACGUUCAGAAGGUCGAAGAAGUGGCUCAAGAGAAACCAGAAGAGCCGAAACCAGCUGUGGUUGAGUCAGAGCAGAAGACUGAAGACGUCCAGAAGGUCGUGGAAGUCGCUCAAGAGAAACCAGAAGAGCCGAAACCAGCUGUGGUUGAGUCAGAGCAGAAGACUGAAGACGUCCAGAAGGUCGUGGAAGUCGCUCAAGAGAAACCAGAUGAGCCGAAACCAGCUGUGGUUGAGUCAGAGCAGAAGACUGAAGACGUCCAGAAGGUCGUGGAAGUCGCUCAAGAGAAACCAGAAGAGCCGACACCAGCUGUGGUUGAGACAGAGCAGAAGAUUGAAGACGUCCAGAAGGUCGUGGAAGUCGCUCAAGAGAAACCAGAAGAGCCGAAACCAGCUGUGGUUGAACCAGAGCAGAAGACUGAAGACGUCCAGAAGGUCGUGGAAGUCGCUCAAGAGAAACCAGAAGAGCCGAAACCAGCUGUGGUUGAGCCAGAGCAGAAGACUGAAGACGUCCAGAAGGUCGUGGAAGUCGCUCAAGAGAAACCAGAAGAGCCGAAACCAGCUGUGGUUGAGCCAGAGCAGAAGACUGAAAACGUCCAGAAGGUCGUGGAAGUCGCUCAAGAGAAACCAGAAGAGCCGAAACCAGCUGUGGUUGAGCCAGAGCAGAAGACUGAAGACGUCCAGAAGGUCGUGGAAGACGCUCAAGAGAAACCAGAAGAGCCGAAACCAGCUGUGGUUGAACCAGAGCAGAAGACUGAAGACGUCCAGAAGGUCGUGGAAGUCGUGGAAGACAAAGUGUUCAUUGAGGAAUCUGAAUCCUUGUCUCCGGAUGAAUCCGAAGUUACUGCGGACCUCUUCUUCGAACGACCGGAAUUCACAUCUGGACUGGAAAUUGAUUUAUUGGUUGAAACGUUUGAGUCUAUCAAUUACAUCAUUCAGUUCAACAAGAUCACGAAAACGCACGAAGAGAUUAAAGAAGACGUCCAGAAGGUCGAAGAAGUGGCUCAAGAGAAACCAGAAGAGCCGAAACCAGCUGUGGUUGAGACAGAGCAGAAGAUUGAAGACGUCCAGAAGGUCGUGGAAGUCGCUCAAGAGAAACCAGAAGAGCCGAAACCAGCUGUGGUUGAGUCAGAGCAGAAGACUGAAGACGUCCAGAAGGUCGUGGAAGUCGCUCAAGAGAAACCAGAUGAGCCGAAACCAGCUGUGGUUGAGUCAGAGCAGAAGACUGAAGACGUCCAGAAGGUCGUGGAAGUCGCUCAAGAGAAACCAGAAGAGCCGAAACCAGCUGUGGUUGAGUCAGAGCAGAAGACUGAAGACGUCCAGAAGGUCGUGGAAGUCGCUCAAGAGAAACCAGAAGAGCCGAAACCAGCUGUGGUUGAGACAGAGAAGAAGAUUGAAGACGUCCAGAAGGUCGUGGAAGUCGCUCAAGAGAAACCAGAAGAGCCGAAACCAGCUGUGGUUGAACCAGAGCAGAAGACUGAAGACGUCCAGAAGGUCGUGGAAGUCGCUCAAGAGAAACCAGAAGAGCCGAAACCAGCUGUGGUUGAGCCAGAGCAGAAGACUGAAGACGUCCAGAAGGUCGUGGAAGUCGCUCAAGAGAAACCAGAAGAGCCGAAACCAGCUGUGGUUGAGCCAGAGCAGAAGACUGAAGACGUCCAGAAGGUCGUGGAAGUCGCUCAAGAGAAACCAGAAGAGCAGAAACCAGCUGUGGUUGAGCCAGAGCAGAAGACUGAAGACGUCCAGAAGGUCGUGGAAGUCGCUCAAGAGAAACCAGAAGAGCAGAAACCAGCUGUGGUUGAGCCAGAGCAGAAGACUGAAGACGUCCAGAAGGUCGUGGAAGUCGCUCAAGAGAAACCAGAAGAGCAGAAACCAGCUGUGGUUGAGCCAGAGCAGAAGACUGAAGACGUCCAGAAGGUCGUGGAAGUCGCUCAAGAGAAACCAGAAGAGCCGAAACCAGCUGUGGUUGAGUCAGAGCAGAAGAUUGAAGACGUCCAGAAGGUCGUGGAAGUCGUGGAAGACAAAGUGUUCAUUGAGGAAUCUGAAUCCUUGUCUCCGGAUGAAUCCGAAGUUACUACGGACCUCUUCUUCGGACGACCGGAAUUCACAUCUGGACUGGAAAUUGAUUUAUUGGUUGAAACGUUUGAGUCUAUCAAUUACAUCAUUCAGUUCAACAAGAUCACGAAAACGCACGAAGAGAUUAAAGAAGACGUCCAGAAGGUCGAAGGAGUGGCCCAAGAGAAACCAGAAGAGCCGAAACCAGCUGUGGUUGAGACAGAGCAGAAGACUGAAGACGUCCAGAAGGUCGCGGAAGUCGCUCAAGAGAAACCAGAAGAGCCGAAACCUGCUGUGGUUGAACCAGAGCAGAAGACUGAAGACGUCCAGAAGGUGGUGGAUGUCGCUCAAGAGAAACCAGAAGAGCCGAAACCUGCUGUGGUUGAGCCAGAGCAGAAGACCCAAGACGUCCAGAAGGUGGUGGAAGUCGCUCAAGAGAAACCAGAUGAGCCGAAACCUGCGGUGGUUGAGCCAGAGCAGAAGACCCAAGACGUCCAGAAGGUGGUGGAUGUCGCUCAAGAGAAACCAGAAGAGCCGAAACCAGCUGUGUUUGAGCCAGAGCAGAAGACUGAAGACGUCCAGAAGGUCGUGGAAGUCGUGCAAGAGAAACCAGAAGAGCCGAAACCAGCGGUGGUUGAGCCAGAGCAGAAGACUGAAGACGUCCAGAAGGUCGUGGAAGUCGUGCAAGAGAAACCAGAAGAGCCGAAACCAGCGGUGGUUGAGCCAGAGCAGAAGACUGAAGACGUCCAGAAGGUCAUGGAAGUCGCUCAAGUGAAACCAGAAGAGCCGAAACCAGCUGUGUUUGAGCCAGAGCAGAAGACUGAAGACGCCAAGACCGAAGCUGACAAGAAGGCCAUGACCGAAGCUGAAAAGAAGGCCAAGGAAGAAGCUGAGAAGAAGGCCAAGACGGAAGCUGAGAAGAAGGCCAAGACCGAAGCUGAGAAGAAGGCUAAGGAAGAAGCUGAGAAGAAGGCUAAGGAAGAAGCUGACAAGAAGGCCAAGGAAGAAGCUGAGAAGAAGGCCAAGACCGAAGCUGACAAGAAGGCCAAGGAAGAAGCUGAGAAGAAGGCCAAGGAAGAAGCUGAGAAGAAGGCCAAGGACAGAAGCUGA